CUCUUACCUCAGCCUCCAGAGUGCUGGGGUUAUAGGAAAUCUAAUUGAAGGCAGAGAGGUUAAAGAAUUUGCCAAACGAAGAUGAUAUCAUAACAGAGACAAGAGUCCGAGGCUGCAGAUGCCCAAUGGGGAGUGGAUCUGAGCAUGAACCACAGCUCCAGGAAGAAGUAGAAUCCGCCUGGCUCCCGGCCAUGGCCUGUGAGCCGCAGAUGGACCCCGGCGGGGCAGCCAGCCCGCUGCCCACCUCCUCCCCUGGCUGGAGCACACUGCCUGCGGGGAGUCCUCCACGGUGGGGACAAGAGCUGCACAAUGGCCAGGUCCUCUCAGUCCUCCGGGUCGACAAUACCUGUGCACCCAUCUCCUUCGACCUGGGAGCCGCAGAAGAGCAGCUGCAGGCCUGGGGCAUUCAGCUCCCUGCCGAUCAGUACAGGAGCCUGGCUGAGAGCGCCCUCUUGGAGCCGCAAGUGAGGAGAUACAUCGUCUACAACUCCAGGCCCAUGCGGCUGGCCUUUGCUGUGGUCUUCUACGUGGUGGUAUGGGCCAAUAUCUACUCCACCAGCCAGAUGUUUGCCCUGGGCAACCACUGGGCAGCCGUGCUUCUUGUGACCCUGGCAGCCGUAAGCCUGACGCUGACCCUUGUGCUUGUCUUCGAGAGGCAGCAGAGGAAGGUAAACACCAAUACAGACCUGAGGCUGGUGGCCGCCAACAGGGCCCUCCUGAGACACCGGGUGCUGCUGGGGGUGACAGACACUGUGGAGGGCUGCCAGAGUGUGAUCCAGCUCUGGUUUGUCUACUUUGACCUGGAACACUGUGUGCAGUUUUUGUCAGACCAUAUUCAAGAGAUGAAGACCAGCCAAGAGCCCUUGCUGAGACGCAGACUGAGCCAGCUGUGUGUAGUCAUAGAGACGGGGGUGAACCCCGUGAUGACGGAGGGGCCCGAGGAUCUGGAAGAUGCUCCUCUCCUGCCCAGAGGAGAGACUAGUUCUCAGGAGAGACCAGUCCUGCAGGCUGAGCUCCACCAGCUUGUGCCCGAGGCGGAGCCACAGGAAAUGGCUCAGCAGCUGCUGGCGGUAUUUGGUGGCUACUACAUUCGGCUCCUGGUGACCUCCCAGCUCCCCCAGUCCAUGGGGACCCGUCACGUGGACUUGCCAAGGGUUCCAUGCCCUUGCCAGCUCAUAGAAGCACAUAUCCUGGGUCCGGGGUGCUGCCCCUUCCUGAACAGGUGACCUGGGAACCAAAGCCUUUAUUUUCCUGCAAGACUGAGAAGGGAGGCCUCUGGAGCCAAAGACAGCGUCCUGGCGAUGGGCGUCAGGAGUGCCCCGGCGGUGCCGUGACAUCCGCAGCAGCAAUGCUGGGCCUGUGCCGGGACCCUGUGCAGAAAUGCCUCGACGGGACCCCAUACCGACUGCCUGUGGGGCUUUGCUAAAGCGGAUGGUUGGUGGGCUGGUUCCACCCCAGCCCUCUGGGUUGCAGAGCUUCAGGUAUGGAUGGAGAGGCCACUCCUCCACCCUGCUGCUUCCAGGCCCAGGAGACCUACAGCCCACCUGCCAGGGUGUAUCAGGUAUCCAAGGCUUGGUCUUACAAGCUGUUCCCAUCUUGAGCCACUUCACGUGAGACGGGGAAACAGGCUCAGGGCGAGCGCUGCUCUUAGGCUUCACCUCUGACCCUGGGAGUUGUAGGAAGGCCGCUCAGGAUGUCCUCCUUGUAUAGGCUGCUCACCCUCACCUUGUGUCAGCGGCAGUGGUGCCUGGGCUUGUGUGCCAGCACCAGGCUCCGGGGUGAAAGACUGAGACAGAGGAGAAGCCUGAGGGGAGACCCCAGAAGACUGAGGAUGCUGCUCCCAAGGGUAUUUGCAAAAGCUGGAUCAAUCCUGUUUGACUUGAGCACUGUUUGUUCAAAGCCUUGUGUGCUUGUGGCCAUGGUUUUAUUGCUCAAAGACAUGUGUGCUCGCGGCUGUGGUUUUAUCCUGCAGAUGUGAAACCCUACUCAUGUUUUCUGAUACUGACAUCGUCCCGCUGUGACAUCUGAUCCGUCACUCUGGGAUUGUGUGAGGAGCUUUGAGACCUGCUGGGAUUCUGCUCUCCAAAGGUUUGAAGACCUGUUGUUCCUAGGCCCCAUGGAUUGCAAGGCCCUGGCUCAGCCUCUGAAGGCUCCAGGCCCAACGUUUAGCCAUGAUUUUUGCCAUCUUCUCCCACAAGACCCCUUUAUAGCCAAGUCUUCUUUGCACUGACACAUGGAUUCAUUUCUGUCUGUUGGACUCUCAUUCAUGCCUUGACUCCCAGCAUUCCUUGUUCCUCCCUCAGGAAGUCUUUUUUUUUUUUUUUAAAUUUAUGUAUUUGGUACAGGGUCUCGCUAUGCAGCUUGGACUUGUAGUAAACCUCCAGUUUUGGCCUUCCCAGCCUGGGAUUA